UCAUAAGUAUCCCGCAAACACACCAAUUUCUGACCGCAUAACCAGUCGUACAAAUCUCUUAAACCCGCUAAUAAUCAUAACCACCCGCAUCCGCAAACUUCUGUAACCGCAACGCUACGUUUGAACCAGUCAGACCCUCAAUCUAAUAGCUCAAUGACCGGAAAAUAAUUAGAUUCAAUUAAACAUUAAUUAAACCUUAGUUCAUUACCAUUAAUUUGUGUGGUGAAAAUAAUAUUUAUUAAAGUAUAGUAUCAAUAUUACUGUUUCCAAAUGACAUAAUAUUUAUUUAUUGGACUUCAUAGUCGACAGUUUGUAAUAUUGAAAGUAGUGGAUCAUUAUCUUAGAAGUAGGUACAAAAUUAUUUUAUUAGUAACAUUCGUAUAUGACAGAAUUGGAUCCGAAAAUUUUGGAAUAAAAGUGGAAGUUACAAAAUUGUUUUACCAAGGUGGUUAUAUGAUAUAUUUAGAUAAUCAAUUAGAUGCAGUUAUAUUUUAAGUUGGACUCAACUAUUAUCAACUGGACAUGUUUCUAAUUUAAUAGUAUUGAUUUAUGAUGCAGAGGUAUGCAUCAUUUAUAUUUAAAUGUAUGAACAGAGUUGGCCACUACACUAUAAGACUUUUAGUUAAAUAAAUUAAAAAUAGAAAGUCUAAAUUUGAUCUACAAAAUGAAUAAGAAAUGCUUAUGUAUAUGCUUACUGAUUAAUCACAUAGAUAUAUACUUGUAAUCAGGAGAUAAGCAUUUGAAAAUUCCACGUGAUUUGCACGUGCUUUGCAGCAUUCCACGUGAUUUGCACGUUCCCUCGCAACAUUGCGCGUCUAUCAAACUCGUGUAUCCUUGUCUCCCAGCAUUUCUCUUAUUUUUAAUUAGUGCAAUGACAUAGAAAACUUAUUGCAUGUAUAUGUAGGUCAACCAGUGAUCAUUCGAACAUGCUCCUGCUUGGGGAGAAAAUGCUUAACCCCGUGUCAAUGCAUGUCCACUCGUGACCCACAUACACUUCACCCUAUGGUAUUAAUUUUAAUUUAUAUCCCAUGGAUAUGCUUUUAUAUUUGUACAACAGAUAAUUAUUCCUUCGAUCAAAAACAAUUUAAAAUUUUUUUAAUUUUUGUAUUAGUGUGUAUAUAUAAAUAGAACAAAACUUGAGUGAGACAUAAAUAAACCAACGAAAGUAACUCACUAAGCCUAAUCCCAACCCAUAAUCUGUCUAAAGCCUUUUACCAAAAAAAACUGUAAAGCCAAGAUGUGUGCACUUGUCCCUCCAUUGUUUCCCAAUUUCGGCUGGCCUUGCGGAGACCAAGGCUUCUAUGUAAACGACGACGUAGCCAACACGUUUCUUGAUUUUCCAUUGCCGGACUUGGAGGUGGCUCAUCAGAAUGUGUCGUCGGAGAGACAUAGAACUUUAGGGUUAGAGAAUCCCGUCGUGAUGAAGAAGCUUAAUCACAACGCGAGCGAACGUGGUCGUCGCAAGAAGAUCAACGCAAUGUUCUCAGCGCUCCGUUCUUGUCUCCCAUCUACCAAUCAAUCGAAGAAGUUAAGUGUUUCAGCAACAGUUUCACAGGCCCUAGAGUACAUACCAGAGCUGCAAGAGCAAUUCAACAUGCUCAUAAAGAAGAAAGACGAGCUCUCGUUUCGAAUCUCGGGUCAAAAAGAUCUCCUUAACACUAACCAAAAUGCUAAGCCAGAGAAAGGGGUCACUGGUUAUGCAUCAACGGUUUCUGCAACUAAUCUAGGUGAGACAGGUUUAAUGGUCCAGAUUUCAUCUUUACAGACUGUAAAGUGUUCGUUCGGGAACGUAUUGAGUGGACUAGAAGAAGAUGGGUUGGUUCUUGUGGAUGCUUCAUCUUCAAGGUCUCAAGGAGAGAGACUCUUUUACACUUUGCAUCUUCAGAUGGAUAAUUGCAAUCUGAAUUUUGAAGAGUUACGUAGUAGGUUGUUGUACUUGUACGAGAAAUGUUGAAACUCAUUUACCUGAUUCAAGAAAAUAUUGUAUGUGAUUUGGUUUUGUUUUCUAUCUCUCUCUUUAAAACUCGAGGUUAGAAAUAGUAUGAACCUUCUGCCUAAUCAAGAAGGCUUUUUAUUUUAAUAAUGUUAUUUUGUUAAAAUAAUGGUUAACUAUAGAGUUAAUUAACUUUUAAAGAGUUAGGUCUGUGUUAUGCAAAUCAGUAACUAUUCAAAGAAGGCGGUCUAAAUAAAUACACACUGUCUCUUUGGGUAGUUAUGAAUAUAGUUGUACUUAUCAUAAGUAGGUUCGAGUGCCAAUUAAAAUUUAGAGAGAGGUGAGAGAAAGUUGCUCUCAAAUCUCUCUCUCCAUCCAAACCCUAGUUUCCUCGAAUCUCACCGUCAGAAUCUCGUUUCUGGUGGCCGGCGGUGGUCGUUUACCGUCGAUCGCCACCCCAAAUCGCUCCCUCCAUCCAACCUCACCCCUAUCGAGCUCUGUUUUCCCCACCUCCUCCUUGCUUCAUCACCUCUGGUUUUUCGUUAGGAUAGCGGCCGGAUCCAGCGAAUCAAACCGGUUUCUGGGUGUGUACCCAGCCUUUCUGGAGUGAUGGCGAGGUCGUGGAUGCACAGAUCUCUUCAGGAGGCGCCGCUUCGAAAGUAGAUCUAGGGUUUGGCUCUCGGUAGAUCUGGGUCAGAUUCACCUUGGAGAGUUCGUCGGAGCUCCAGGGCGUCGCUGCUGCUGUAUCUCCGGCCAGCCUCGCUGUCUCCUCUGUCUUCCCCUGUCUCUGUCUUCGGUUGCUCUAGCUAGAACUUCCCCGUGUAGAUCUUCGGGUCUAGGAUGAAAAGCGAUGUUUGAGGGCUUCGCCGGGGACUUCUCUUCCGUUCUGUUUUCACAGCAACUACCAUGGUGGCUGAUGGUCUCGGGUCCUUUGGUAUUUCGAGAUAGCUCAGGGAUUUCAACUCUCUGCUCUGUUUCUACCUUCCGUCGGGUCCUCUCAUCUUCUCGCCUGCUGAUAGGAGCUAAAUCUCCUCCGAUUUCAAAGUCUCAGAAGGAAUAUGACAUCCACUUCCUGCCCUCUUUGAUGCUAAGCUGCCAGAUCUUUUAGUGCUCUGCUUGUUUGCCGGGACCGGAGUCGAGCCGUAUAACCUCCGCUUCCGCCAGCCUGUAUCUCACCUGUGCUUAUAUGCUGGCAUCUUCGCUUCGGUUUGGAUUUCUCAGGGAGUUGGUUGUCGUUUUCUGGAGUAAGCUUCGUUUGGAGUGGACUUCAUUAGUUGUGGUGGCCGGACCAGGACUUAGUCAACCCUGCUUCGCCUGUCCUCUUUUCGGAGUCGCCUUCGGGACGGUCUGCGGUGCCUCAGACCGUUCUCCGGUUGUGAACUCUAAUGACUGCCUCGCUUGUUACAGGUUUCCGGUUGCAAGAUCAAGUUGUGGUCUCCUGAUACUAAAUGGUUGCUUCGAAUUCAUACAUUGCCAAGCUUUAGUCAUGUCUGUAGAGAUUAUGCCUAAACCUUAAUUUGUUUUAGAGAGUCUUUUUUACCUUUUUUUGUGGCUCUCUCUAGCACUUAUGCUUUAAUUAGCGCUUUAGAUUUCUAGGAUUUGAUUUCUUCAAACUCUUGUAAUCUCUUUGUCUCAUUACCAGUUAAUGAAAUUCACAUACUUAACAAAAAAAAAAAAAAAAAAAAUAUCAUAAGUAGGUUCUGAUGGUUGUUGAGUUUUAUGUAGUCAUUGCAUGGUUAAACAUAGAUGUUGUAGUUUAUCAUCAAAUGAGACUUCGAUCACCAGCACUAUAGCUUCAACAGUAAACUUAUCUGAAAUUUUUUAGUAACUCUUAAUGUUCAGGUUUUCCAACUUAACAACGAAACAGUCGAAGAAGAGACCAUUAUACUCUUUUACCAGAGAU